UAUUGAUCACAAGUAUUAUGUUAGAAAGCAGGUACCUUCUACAGUAUUUGAGGCACAAUGUACUUAUGAUUGUCUCUUUUUUUGCCAUAGGCUGGACAGGAGAAGUCCUGUACAGACCUAAAGCAGUGGACCAGGGACAUCAUCAACCACUUCUGGUGGUGCUGCAACAAGGCCAGUACAUUUGGCGAAUUCAUUGUACUGUGGAAAGGUGUCUUGCACCACGUGUGCGAUGUGCACACAUGGGCCAUGGGUCAGUGUGACCAUAACCCAAUCAGUGCAGACACUCCCCGGACGAAAACCUGGCUCGUGUCUGGUUCCCCUGCCCACAAGAAAUUGGCAACGAUCAUACUAAAUCCAAGGUGGCUGAAGACCACCCACAAGUACCUACGCUUCCGAACGACAUCAGACCUGGAGUCCUUCCAGAAUCACAUACUGAUGUAUGCAUCUAAGAGGUACGCCUUCAGCCCCCCGGUCUACGAGGCCAGGUGCCAGCUUGCUGCCCUAGACUACAACGAGCACAAGGACAGGGCAGUGUGGAAAGCCAAGGAUGGACAUAUCAAGUGAGUAGAUAUGUUUUCUCUCGCCUUGUCACCCAGCUAAGGCAACAUGUUUAGCAUAAAUGGUUGGUUGGUUUAAUUUGUUUGUAUGAAGUAGGUGGCUGUGUAGGCUACUGUAGAGACCAACCCUGACCCUAAGCAGUUAAUGACCACUGUGUG